AUGGCGGGGAAGAACAACAAAGAGAGCAGAGGGCAGGGGGGGGAGGUACGAGAGGGUGGGGUGGUGGUGCCUACAAGCGAAGACCCCGUGAUAGUGGAGUACCGAUUUGGACAUCCGGCAAUAUAGUUCCGGUUUGGACUAUUGAAGCGCAGAGGGCUAUUUUGGUGAUCGACAUCGCUCUAUCGCCGUCCACGGUCAUUGCAUGACGUACGAAGCCCCCCCCCCCCCAAAAAAAAAGUCAUGGGCUAACCGGGGAUGCUGGAAUGUCAUCCCCGGAAUAUCAGAGAUAUCCGGCAAUAUACUCGGCAACCAUGCCUAUUUUCUCCGAAGUUGGUUGUUGCUGCCCUUGAGCAGCUCGGCAACCAUGCCUAUUUUCUCCGAAGUUGUCAUAUUCUUGCGUUUGGUCUGCUGGCAGCGCUUUCCGCAGCAGACAUGUCGGUGGGUCCGCUGAUAAGUCCUCCAACCGGCGAUUCCCGCCAAAGAGCUCAGUUUGGCUCGACUUGGCGGCACGUGAACAGGGGUGUGUGGUCUGAUUUUUUGAAAAGUGCGUUUUCUGGCGUCUGCGCUGAAAAGAGUUCUGCGCAGCAAAAAAAACCGUUUCGGAA